AUGCCCUCGCAGGCAUUGGAGGUUGGUAGGAGGGUGAAGGUUCUCUUCGACGAGACAGACUGGUAUAUCGGACAUAUACAAGAUUACGAUAAGGAAACUGAGCUAUACACGAUCUUCUUCGAGGAUGGGGAGCAGAUCUCGACCACAAUCCCCGCGCCAGAUGAUGAUAUCAGGAUAGUGCUGACAGAGGAGGAGAUGGAAGGGCUGUACAAAUGGUUUCCUGCAGCGGCCAAGAAGGUUCUCCAGGAGGUGCUCGACAAGAUGCAGGUGAAACCAGCAGCUCGACAGAGCCUGAGCGAGACUUUCUCGAGCAAGUGCAACGAAGUGAUCGAGAGCUUGAGGGCGGAUUCGACCCGGUGCAGCACCAAGGAAGAGUUUCUCAGCGUGACGUCGCAAGCGCUGCGCGAUGUGCUGCUGGAUCAGAAGUCGCUGAUGGCGGAAGCAGACUUCCAGUCGUUGGUGGCGGAGCUGGAGAAGUUGAUUGCAAGCACAGAUUUCAUCAAGAAAGCGCCGAGCGGCGGCAAGAACAAGCUUGUGCUGAGCCUCAAGCAGAAGAAAGUCACAGAGGCUUCGCAGAUGGAUGUCUCGCAGUCUCCCUCACAGCUCAUGGUCAGCGAUGUGGUGAAAGAAGAAAGUGCCGGUAAAGAAACGCCCACUCGACCUGGAGGGGUAGCGGGCAAGAAAGGCGAGCUGUGCGAGGCGUUCGCGGAGGGCGAGUGGUGGCUGGCCAAGAUCAUCCGAUGCAAGCAGGGAAAAGCUUUGGUACGGUUUGAAGGAGCAGGGCAGGAGGAGGACUGCUGGUACGACCUGAACGGGGAGUACAUCCGUCCUCGGCAGGAGGAGGAGGAAUUCAUCUUUCAUGAGGAGGUUGAAGACGAAACGUCGUCCACUCCUGCCAAGGAAACGCCCAAGAACGAGACGAAGCCGAAGAUAUCCAAAACUCCACCCGAGAAGGCUGGAGAGGAUGUUGCGAACGAGGUGGAAUGGCUGCCAGGCGAUCGCUGUCGCGUGUGGGAGGAGGGCGAAUUCGAUGAAGGGACUGUGGUGAAAGUUAGGAACAAGACUGUCUUAGUUCGUAAGGACUCUUCCAAGUCAGAGAUAUGGCAUGUUAAGAAUUCUAACACAAUCCAAGCUCUGCCAGAACAACCACAGGCAAGCAGCAAGCAGAAAGUUGCUGUUGAUAAGAGCACCCCCGGUAAAUCGAAGAAUGCAGGGCAGCGCAAGAGCAAGGGCGCUACUCCCUCUAAGGAUGCAGUGAAAGAUGUACAGGCUGCGUCGUCGAAAGAGAUCGAGCUGGGGGUGCAAGAGACGUUCGACGCAGAUUCGAAGCAGAACGAGAAGGCAGGCAACAAUGCUUUCAGUAAAGGAGAUCUGUGCGAGGCGUUCGCGGAGGGCGAGUGGUGGCUGGCCAAGAUCAUCCGAUGCAAGCAGGGAAGAGCUUUGAUACGGUUUGAAGGAGCAGGGCAGGAGGAGGACUGCUGGUACGACCUGAACGGGGAGUACAUCCGUCCUCGGCAGGAGGAGGGGGAAGAGAUUGAAAUUGAAAGUCCAGAAGUCAACGAGGUUCCAGAGGAGGCGACGACUGGAAAGCAUAAGAAGAGCAAGAAAGGCAAGGACGUCUCCGCUGAGAUUGUCUACAUGGAAGAGGAGAUCGAGUCCAAGGAGGUGGGCUCGAGUAGCAAGGCCAAGAACCGACGGAGCUUGAGAUCAUCGCUCGGUGGUGGGGAAGGUGAAGCAGCACCCGAGGCUGAGCAAGCGAAGAAGAACGAGAGGAAGAGCUCCAAGAAAGGAGAGAAGGAGACCGUGGAGGAAGCCCCUGAGGCACCUGGUGAAGAGCCGAAGACGACUGAGGCGAAAGAUGCUGGAAAGCGGUCGAAGAGAAAGCGCAACAGCGACAUCCUUGAGGAGGCGAAGCAGGACAACGACGUGGACAUGACGAUCAAGGCCACGAACGAGAUCAACACGUUCGUCACUGAAUACAACGAUGAGCUGCAGAAGCUACAAGGCAUUUACAAGAAAUUCAAGGAUAGCGUGGGACGUGACGACAUUGAAAGGUUGACAGCAGAGAUUCACUCAGUUCAUCUUCGAUUCCAUGCGAGAUCCAUCGGACAGUCCAUCGCGGGGAUCUUCCGCCUCCAUGGCGUGAAAUGCAACUCGUGCGGUGCCAAAACUCCGGGGAAGAAGCCCAUGGACGCCUGGAAGCAAGCUUACACGCAGUGCAGCCGGUGCGGGGAGCUGCACGCGAAGAAAAGGUACUGCAGCGUGUGCGACAAGGUCCUCAAGGAGAUCGAGACUGAAGAUCAGAUCCUCAAGUGCUCCGUCUGCGACCUCUGGGUCCACGGGAGAUGCGACGACCUUGAUGAGCUCUCGCUCGUGGGCAUGAACCUGCUGAGCUCGGAGCACUAUGUCUGCCCCAAGCAUCGGCGAAGCCCGUCGGUAGCAUGCAGCAUCGGGGAGUACCGCUGCAUUACCAUGCACACCGACUACUCGGGCAACAUACUGCAGGCCACGCGCGUGUUCGGGGUCAGGACGAUCGCUGGCGGCUCGAUCGCGCUGGGGCUGCAGGUGGAGGGAGGGCUGGUGUGGUACCCCCAGCGAGCCAGCGCGGAAUCGAAGGAGGCGAAGCUGAUGAAGGACCUGCUCUUCCGCUUCUUCUCUACCGACCAGAACCUGAACCUGGUCAUCCACCCGGACAUGCCUGACGCAAAAGCCAAGGCGAAGCGAUGGGGAGAGAUCGUUCGCGUGUCCGGGGGAGCAGAUGCUCCUCUAAAGAUUGGGCAAGUAGCCAUGCACGAGCCUUGUCCGACGUACGUCGAGGCCAUUACGGGAGUUCGAAAGCUUCCGAGCGAUCUCUUUCCUGCCUCAGGUGGGUCCUUCAUGUCGGACAUCUACGUGGAGGUCAAACGUGGAGGACUUCAAGUCUGGACCAGACUGCCUCCCAGGAACACGACCAUGCAUGCUCUGCUCGCCUCCUUCCUCCUCACCUCAGUUGGGAUCAUCUCGAUUUUCCUCCCCAUCAACGUCAGAGAAACUUUCCUCAAGCAGGUACGCGCUGCUUGCUGUCGAUCUCAAGAGCUGAUGGCAAGGGAUGUGAAGGCGAAUCUGUGGGACUCGUACAUGGAGGGGCUCGGUGACACGGCAGGAAAAGAUACCUCGAGUAAUUUGACGGCUCGGGCGAUCAACUCGGAUGGGUCUGCACUUUCCUCGAGCAAGUUUGACGUCACAGAGCUCAAGGACGAUGACUCGGUCCCGAACGUGGGGGUCGUUGGCUGUACCAUCAUGCAGGAUGGAGCUCCUGGCGUCGUCGUAGAUCAGAGGUACGAAGAUGGGGAGACGGUCGAGCUUUCGACAGAAGUUGUGAUGGAACUUAUCAUCUGA